CACCAGGACCACUCGCUGAUGCGGAGGAUAAUCUAAAAGAGGACCCCUCUGCCAGAGCGGAAGAUGACUUGACGCAAAGGAUACCACGGCCGGACCAUCAACAGGAGGACCCCUCCGCUGUAGCAGAGGAUGACCCGGACAACAAAAAGGAUACCAAGACCGGACCAUCGACAAGAAGACCCCUCUGCUGGAGUGGAGGAUGACCUGGGCAAUGACGCCAAGGAUACCACGGCCGGACCAUCAACAGGAGGACCCCUCUGCUGGAGCGGAGGAUGACUUGGACAACGACGCCUUAGAUACCACGGCCGGACCAUCAACAGGAGGACCCCUCCGCUGAAGAGGAGGAUGACCCGGACAACGACGCCAUGUAUACCACGGCCGGACCAUCGACAGGAGGACCUCUCUGCCAGAGAGGAGGAUGACUUGACGCAAAGGAUACCACGGCCGGACCAUCAACAGGAGGACCCCUCUGCUGGAGCAGAGGAUGACCUGGACAACGACGGCUUGGAUACCACGGACGGACCGGACCAUCAACAGGAGGACCCCUCCGCUGAAGCGGAGGAUGGCCCGGACAACGACGCCAUGGAUACCACGGCCGGACCAUCAACAGGAGGACCCCUCUGCUGGAGCGGAGGAUGACUUGGACAACGACGCCUUGGAUGCCACGGCCGGACCAUCAACAGGAGGUAUUUGUGUGUGAAGAAAUUUGUCUAGUAAGGUUAUUGCUCUUUAGCUCAAUAAAAUGAUGUUUGAAAAAUCUGUGUGGUAAUUACGUUAACAAAUUGUCUCUAUAGCAAUAUAGAAUACAUACUCAGUUUUUAAAAAACCCAAUAUAUUGCUAUUUGUCAUUGUCGAUGGGUGAGGGUGCCAGUGGCAGGGCCUUCUCCUUUCCUUUCCCCUGUUUUUUGUUCCUACUUUUAAUAAUCAUUAUUGCAUUGACGCGCUUCUCGUUACUCGUACUAAGAAAAGUUUAAUAACUAGUUUGACUUCUAAUGUAUUUUCUCAGAAAGACAGCACCCACA